AACAAGUGAAAACACGCACAUAACCUCACUUUUUUUGUGAAAUGAAAUGUGUGCAUGAACAAAAUACAAAAUUUGGUAUUUUUGUAUUAAUUUCAAUAUAAAUUGAGGUCUAUUUAACAACAAAAUGACAAGCGAUAAUCGAAAACAAGUUGAAUUUCUAGUGGUGGACACUACAGCUUUCAUACAAAACACUCCACUUCAUGAAGUUGCAAACACAAUUAUCACAUGUCAAGAAGUUGUAGACGAAAUCACCAGCAAACGCCAACUAAGGCGAUUAGUGGCUCUACCUUACGACCUCAUAGUCAAAGAUGUUUUUCCAGAAAACAUCAAAACCAUUACGGAAUUUGCCAAAAAAACUGGCGACUAUCCUAGCUUGUCAGCAACUGACAUCAAAGUCAUGGCCCUCACCUAUCAACUGGAAAAAGAAAAAGUCGGUGUAGAACAUUUGAGAACAGAACCAGUUUUGCAAAAACCUGAAAUCAAUUUGGAUAAACCUGUAGAUGAAAUCCAUCCUGAUAUUAGUGGGUUUUAUUUGCCUGGAGCACUAGAAGAAAAAUUUGAAAAUUUAGAAGUUGGUACAACUGAUUCUAGUGCAAAUGACAACCCUGAUAAUUCUGGUACAAAUGAAAACCCUGAUGAUUCUAGUGCAAAUGACAACCUUGAUUCUAGUGCAAAUGAUGACAACCUUGCAAAUGAAAAGGAGGAUUCUAGCUCUAGUGCAAAUGAAGAAGAUGACGAUAUUGGCUGGAUAACCCCCAGUAACAUCAACCAAGCCAAAAAACAAAUAAAUUCCCAACUAAUGCAAGACAAACAAGUGCAAGUGGCUUGUAUGACAACUGACUUUGCCAUGCAAAAUGUUUUAAGGCAAAUGAACCUAAAUCUGUCAGCUUUAGACGGUAGAAUCAUAAACCAACUACGCACAUACAUUUUAAGGUGCUACACUUGCUUCAAAACCACCAGCCUGAUGACCAAAAAAUUUUGUCCCAAAUGUGGCAACAACACCCUAAAAAAAGUCGCUGUUUCUUUAGACGACAAAGGCCAAAUGCGGAUCCAUAUAAACUCAAAACGUCCUUUGACUGGAAGAGGGAAAAAAUUCAGUUUGCCUAAAAUCAGAGGAGGCAAACACCCAAAUAAUCCUAUUCUGGUGGAGGAUCAGCCAAUGGCUGAUAACAGGCCUACUAGGCUGGCAAAAAUGAAGAACAACCCAUUGGAUGAUGAUUAUAUUGCUGGAUUUUCUCCCUUUAUUAUGAGGGAUGUAAAUUCAAAGUCUGCUCAGUUGGGAAUCAGGCCCGGGGCUGAAUUCAAGCAAUGGAUGAAGAAAAAUCCAAACGAGUCUAGGAGGCGUAGGAAAUAAGUUUUGAAUAAAUAUAUUUUUAUCAGUAUUUGUUUUUUGUUGUUUCAAAAAAAUUAAAAAUCCC